CUCGCCCUCCGAGGGGAAAAAUGCCGCGCGGGAGGGAACGGAAAAAGAAGUAGGGCGCAUUUUUAGUGGUGGUGGAUCAAUCGGUCCGUCGAGGGGAGGCCGCAAAAAUGUAUCUCAGAAAGAGAGACACAGUCCCCGGAGAAAAGUUGGCUGAACCCCGCCACUCGCGACUAUUUUUUACGGAUCGCCGCGACUACUGCGCUUGUGUUGUGUGAUCGCGACAAUUUGUCGCCGUUAAAAGAAUUCCGUGACAUCAGUAGUAGCGUUCUGUCGGUUGCAAAAACAGGACUCGUUAGAGACGCUCUGACCACAGAAGAGGCCCCCUCCCGCCUCCCUCCCCACUCCGCUCCACCCACUGGGCACAUUCGCAAAAAUCGCGGGUAGCCAGAAAGAAGUGCACGGCCAACUACGACCGCAAUUGUCACCUGGACGUUUCGUCCGCUACCGAAUUUUUACGCUCUUCGGCCACGUGGCUUGUGACAAGUGCAAAACAUUAUCGCAUAGUGAUAUCGUGCGGGUGUGCUGGAAGCCAUGCUUCCCUUGGCGACGACUCAGUGAGUGCAGCAGCGACUGGGACACACCAUGUCCCAGUUUGGCUUCCGAGCAUCACCCAAUACUCAGAGUGCGGUAUCUUCGGGCCCUAGCCAAUCUUCAUCACCACCAACAACCAUGGCAGUAACGUCUUCAGCGCCUACGUCGGGCAGCCCGCCAACGCCAUCCCAAAGAUGUUGUGAUACCGGUAGGCCGUUAUUCACUGAUCCCAUAACCGGCCAAAGUGUUUGCUCGUGUCAAUACGAACUCUUAGGUUAUCAAAGAUUAGCUGGUGCUGGAGUACCAGGUUUACCGGCCCUUUCCAUGUACAGCGCACCUUAUCCAGAAGGAAUGGCAGCUUAUUUCCCCGCCCUUGGAGCCGAUCAAGCGCCUUUUUAUACGCCGACGGCUGCCGGUCUAGAACUGAAAGAAAAUCUAGCGACAGGAGCUGCAGGCUGGCCCUACCCCUCAGUUUAUCACCCCUACGAUACAGCAUUCGCAGGAUAUCCAUUUAAUGGAUACGGAAUGGAUCUCAAUGGUGCUAGGCGAAAAAACGCUACCCGAGAAACAACAAGUACUCUUAAAGCAUGGCUCAACGAGCACAAAAAGAACCCCUAUCCGACGAAAGGAGAAAAAAUCAUGUUGGCGAUUAUCACCAAAAUGACAUUGACACAAGUUUCCACGUGGUUUGCUAACGCAAGAAGAAGACUGAAAAAGGAAAACAAGAUGACGUGGGAACCGAGGAAUCGAGUCGAAGAUGAUGAUAAUAACAACGACGACGACGACCAUGAUCAUAAGAGUACUGAUGGAAAGGAUAUAAUUGAUUCCAAAGACUCUGGUACGGCUUCUAGUGAAGAUGGCGACCGACCACCUCAUUCGCGUUUAGCAGCUGAUACGGCUAGCGAAUGGAGCGAAUCGAGACCUGAUAGCGGACCUGACAGUCCUGAAAUUUAUGAAAGACCACCUCAUCCUGCCUUCUUACCACCUAGAUCAUCGGGUUCUCCACCCCAACUUUCCGCCUCCGUUUCAACUAAACCGCGAAUUUGGUCCUUGGCGGACAUGGCAAGUAAAGAAAGCGAUGGACCUCCACAUUCCGCAGCUUCUACCUUGUACUCCACAGCGUCAGGAAGAUUAGUACCUCCUUUGGGCACAAGAUUACCUCCGCCUGGAUUACAUACGGCACCGUAUGCGCGACCACAUGAUUUUUACAGAAGUCUUUAUAACCCUGCGGCUGCGCAACACUUGGCAGCAGCUAGUGGAGGAUCACCCGACGCUACCCUCCUGGAAACCUACCAAAGAACCUUAGGAGCUAACUUAUUAGCAGCGCAAAAUGCUAGUGCAAGUGUUGCCCAAUCCACUCCUUCCAUUUUUACCAAAGCAAGUGUCGCUGCAGCCACGUCUAGUGCUAGCAGUCUUCCCCUAGGCCUGACCACUGCAUCGAGAAUGUCACCGUCUUCUACAUCCUCUUUAUCAUCUGGGUCGGAGACCCCAAUUAAACCUGUGGCCUUGAAUAAGGCCUGACCUCCUUUAGUGGCGGCAGGAUUGUGGCCUUGAUCUACCUCUUUGAGUGUGCAAAAGCCAUGUAGACAAUAACGGACACUUGUCUCCUUAGUGUGCUGUACAGUAAAUGUGAUAUAUACCUUUUGGUUCCUUAGUUUAUGGCACUGAAUAUACGGAAAAAUUAACGAAAACAAGAUUCAUAGAUUCUUUUUUCUUUUCAGGUUUUUUCAAUGCGUACGCACUGGCCAGCGUUUCAAAACUUUUUUGUGGAGUCAAAGAGUUUUAUAGGUGAUUUUAUAUAUUUAGUGCAUGUUUAAUUCAAAAAUACGUAUAACUCAUUUUUUUCAAUCAGGUCAGACUGCUAAUCCUCGACUGCUCGACUGCAAGGUCCUCGACUGCUAAUCUCAAAUUAAAAAAAGGAUAUUAUUGAAAUAAGGAAUAGCUAUUAUUUCCAAUUAGACAAGGCGAAAACGGCGGGUUCGUUAGGAAAAAUAUUCCCACGAGAUUUUUUUGCAUAGUCACAUUCGUGAGACACCCCAGAAUAAGGUUCAAGAAGUCGCCCACGCGAAAAGUGGUCCAAAUUUUUUUAACAGUUUUUUUCAUCAAAUUGCAAAAAUCAAUAUUUUUGGCCCAGCCAAUUUUUUUUAAGUUUUUUGGACCAUUCUGGACAAAAUAGGUCUGUUAUAUUUUUUCUCUAAAGUUGAUCGUUUUCGAGUUGUAAGCAAUUUAAAAUUUGAAAAACGUGAAAAUGGCCAUUUUCAAGUCUUAAUAACUCGGUUAAAAGUUAUUAUUAUGAAAGUCAGAAAGUGACUAAAUCAACGUUUACAGCCCCUCCUACAAGAUCCUGAAGAAAUUUUUGUCAUUAUUUUAUUACUAAGCUGUUAUUUUUAAGUAAUAAUAAUGAGCGUCAUGCACGUGUUAGGUGGCCGUAAAUGCUGAGUGCGAGAGAGAUGCCAUUCCGGCAGUCCACUUGUGCAUCUUACUCGCACUCACAUUUACAGCCGCGUCAAUACGAUCUAACCGCUCAUUGUUAUUCAUUAAAAAUAACAGCUAAGUAAUAAAUUAAUCAAACAGAUUUCUUCAGGAUCAUGUAGCGGGGGCUUCAAACUUUGAUUUAGUCACUUUCUCGCUUUCAUAAUAAUAACUUUUAACCGAGUUAUUAAGCCUUAAAAAUGGCCAUUUUCGGGUAUUUCAAAUUUUUAAAGUGCUUAUAACUCGAAAACGAUCAAAUUUAGUGAAAAUAUAUAACAGACCUUUUUUAUCCAGAAUGGUCCAAAAAACCUAAAAAAAAUUGUCGGGGCCAAAAAUAUUGAUUUUUGCAAUUUGAUUAAAAAAAAUUGUUAAAAAAAAUUUGGACCACUUUUCGCGUGGACGACUUCUUGAACCUUAUUCUGGGGUGUCUUACGAAUGUGAUUAUGCAAAAAAUCUCAUGGGAAUAUUUUCGCAACGAACCCGACGUUUUCGCCUUGUCUAAAUAUGCUAAAUUUGUUACAAAGGAACUAUAUUCAUGUGAAAUGUAUAGUAGAUAAAAAGUAAAAUACAGAAGGCUUGUGAUUUAAUGGUUUCAUGUAAAUUUUAUUCCUAGAAAAUGACUUUUCCUAUCACUGAUCACCUUUUCUAUCACUUGAAAAAGGAGGGCGUUACAAAAAAUUUUGAAUAAGCAAACCCCAAUUAUUUUUUAGUUGUUUACCUAUCUAGAUUUAGUGUUUACCUAACACCUAGGCGGUGUUACCUUUUUUGAAACACCAUGUAUAAAAUUGUAUCGAUAAAGCGAGAAAAGGGAAAAUAUGUGGUUUUUUAUUUUUAAAAGUACGUUUCACCAAUUUUAAAAAUCUUAAAAAGUUCAGGGUGAAGUAUUGUGCAAAAAUACACGUUAGAUAUUUUUUUUUCGUAAGAACGAGUGUCUCAGUUUUUUUAGACUCAUUUGAAAUUUUAUACUCGUUCUAAAAUUUCCCACCGAAAAUUAAAAAACAAUCAGACAGAACCUUUUAUUUUAAGUUUUUCGCUAGCUCUCGAUGCCACUGAGAUAAAAAAUAAAAGCCUAAAAAGCUUAAUUAGGCCACCGUGAUUACCUAUUUCAGGGGGCUAAAAAUUUCAGAGUUUUUCUAUAUGUGAUAAAAAUUGGCCUAUAUGGAAUUCUAAUCGAGUUAGAAGCAUUUUUCAUCAUCUUACCUGGCUAGGCCCUUUGUAUAUUAUUGUUAAAUGUAAAUAAUCAUAACAAUAAUAAUUCUUGCGUUCUGUCAUUUAUUUCGAUAAUUUGGCUUUCAGAAAAUUUGAAGCUGUAAAUAGGACUGAUCUGAUUGAGAAAAAUAAGUUCCAUUUUUGAAUUCAGCAUGCAUGAAAUAUAAAAGAUCACCUAUAACAGUACCGACAACAAAAAUGACGAAGGCCAGUGUAGUCUUCUCAGUUUCGCCAGAAUUUGAAACUUAUUACACAUAUUAAUAGUUUUAACAUUUUAAAAAGUAAAAUUAGUUACCUCUACCGAAAAAAAUAUGCUCCCAAUUUUUUUGAAUGUUUGGAAACUAAAAGUAUUAUUUAUUUAGUAUUAAAUUCUUUGUAAUUAUAUUUUAUUCUUAAAUUAUUCUAAUUCUUUAAACUGCAUUAGGCAUAUGAGUGAAUGCGUGAAUUUGUGUAAAUUAUUCAAAAAUUAUCAAAGUAGACACGUUUCCAAAUCUUUUAAAAUACUUUCAAAUGAGGGUUUAGAAAUAGUUUGGUAUAAAAUAAAUAAAAUAUAAUAUUAAUUGAAUCUUGUUUUCUUGAAAUUUCACCCUGAAGAUCUGCCUUAGUUUGCGAAAAUUGUAAAUAGUCCCAGACUGCCAUUGCGCAGCAGUAUAAAUCUUGUAUCUAUGUAUGUACCUUAUUUAGUAUAGAAUUGUAAUUAAAAUAUUUGUUAUUAUAAUGUGUAAUACUAAGAAUAAUCUACUUAUUAGAUCGACAGAUCUGAAUAUUCAAAGAUUUAGCAUUCAUUGUACUAAAUUUAGCCGGUGCACGCGAUAUUGUCAGACAUAUCUUCGUGAAUAGAUCCAUCUUUUGAAACGUGUACUGGCAUUGCAAUAAAGUGACUCGUUCAUUAUUUAAAUAAA